GCUCUCGCACACAGCUGCAGAGCGAGUGCUGCAGUGCGAGCGCAGCAGGGGGGGUUGGACUCUUGAAUUGAUCAGCAAACUAAAUAAAAAAUAAAUAGCAGACAGCCUCAGUAACGGCGCUAACUGCCUCGUCGUGCCGCAGUAGCCUCCUAUGUGGAGCUCCGCAGCGGUACCGCGGCGACGCAGGCCGACAUGGAGGAGUAUCUGCGGAGGGUCGACUGCAGACGUGGGGCCCCCGUGUCCGAGAAGUCACUCCACGCUGUGUUAGGCGGUCCGGAAGCAGAUGUUGACACUGUGGCCGCCACGCUGUGCUUAGCGCUACACCUCAACCAGAGGGAGCCAUCAGGCGGGGUGUGUGUGCCGCUGCUGUGCGGCCGGUGUGGCGAUGCUGCGUUGCCCGGGGAGACGGUGAGCUAUCUGCAGAGGGUCAACGUGUGUGAGAGCCUCUUACUGUGGAAGGAUGACGUGGACCUGGUCGGGAAUCAUCAGGCUGGAAAACUCACGCUAACACUGCUGAGGGACGGAUUGCUGGACAGCACCGAGCGCCACAUUUUCGAGUCCAGCAUCCUGCGAGUGGUCCAUCACGACAGCGAGCAGGACGCGGGGGAUGAUGGGCCAGCCUCGGCGGUGAUGACGGUCGCCAGAGAGCUUCUUCAAGAAGCACCGGAGCACAUCGGAGCGCCGCUGAGGGAGAGCCUCGGAGAGGCGUUGCGUCUCCAAAGCGAAGCGUUCGGGCUCAAACAUGGCCGCCAAUCCGCACAACUGCAGGAGCUGAUGAGACGUUUGCAGCAGCGGAGCGACGUCUCUGCCAGUCAGCGCAGCAAGGGGGCGCUACCAGACCUGGAGCAUCUCCUGUCCAAGGAGCUCAGAGAGUUUUCUGAUGGAGAGAUGACCAUAGCGCUCACCUCGGUCGCUGUAGGCCAGGAGCGCUGGUGCGAUUACGAAGACGCAUUGAAGUCAUUCUGUAACCGACACCACUACGAUGGACUGUUGGUUCUCCUGUCCGUGAACGACUCGUGUGAUCCUCCUCGCCAACAGGUGACAAUCUACUCCAGCAACACAGACCUCCUCAACCAGAUCUGCUGCGAGUUGGAGGAAACAUCUAGUUGGUCUCUCUCAGGUGAACUAGAGGCCAGGGCGUGUUUCCAGGUAUAUCACGUCCCCCUAAACACCCCCUCUUCUUCGGGUACUUCUCUGCUGGAGGAGGAGGUGCGUUGCCUUCUCAAGGAGUUUAUGGAUCGGCGGUGCUCCGUGCUGGCCUGUCACCCGAGCAGCAGGACAUCCUCCACCGAAGGGGUGGCCGGGAGCGUCGAGUUCUCCCAGGGAUCGUCUGGCAUCAAUGACAUGGAUGGCUCCGACACGGAGAGAGGUGAAGGAGGCAGUGGAGCUGUGGUAGCAAUAGAAAGGGGGGUGGCAGAGGGUGAGGAGGACACGGGAGGAGUUGGAGCAAUUGGGGAACUUCUGAGCCCUGACAGUGGUAUGAACACCAUCCGCAGCAGCCGCUCCUCCAAGGAGAGUUCGGUGUUCCUCAGUGAUGACAGCCCAGUUGGCGAGAUUCUUGGUGCAGGUCCCGGGGGUCUCCUGCUGAGGAACCCCUCUCCUCUUGGCUUAUCUUCUCUCUCCCCUCCUGUGCCACCUGAGAGGAGGAGUCGGCGCUCCAGCAAAAAGAAGAGUGACCACUUGGACCAGUUUAGUUUUGAUGGGCUUCAUCCACAGCCCAUCCUUCCAAAUCCUGGAGGAAAAUUAGAUGAUGACAGGCAAACAGCAAGAAGCUCAAGCCUGUCGGAAUACGAAGAACUAAACAUGCUGGAUUUCUCUGCGCCCAGUUCUUUGGGCGGCCUUGAAAGCAGGCAGUCUUCAACUGAUCCUGAUGGUCAAAUCCAUGGCGUCGAGAUGAUGGACACUGUUGUUCCUCCGACUCCAGUUAACAGUCUGGUAGGUGGUCACCCAUCCAGCAGUUGCGGUGUCAGGUUCUUUCCUGAGGAUGUGGUGGAGAGAAUCAGUGGCCUGCAGCACAAGGACAGUGUCUCGUCGUCCUUGUCUGAAACCUGGGAGGAACUUGGUUUUGACGUACCUUCCUCUAAUGAUGCAUGGAAUAAAACCAGAGAGAGCCCGCAGAACCUGGAGGAAGUAAGGCGCAAAGAUUCAGAAGGUGGCAUGACAGGAAGGAGACGGGAAGGGAGGUCGCAAAGGGACUUGAGCCUUGAACCACAACUUAGUCUGAUCACUGAGCAGACAGACUCACAAGACAACUGGAACCCAGAUUCUGUACUGAGGGAUCAGUGGAACUCAGUGACUGUGGCUGAUCUGCAGCUGACCCCACCAGAUGAGGAAGUAGUUACAAAAGGCAAAGAAGGUCUCUUUGGAGUGAAAGAAACAACUUCACAGAAAAAGAAAACCAUCCCAAACACGUUAACACCUGACACCUCUAAGGAGGAUGAUGAAGAGGCACAGGGGAAAAGAGGAAGUGGGCAAACACUAGACUUCUGGACCUACUCUGCACAGAAGGGCUUUCUGAAGUCUGACAGCGGAACCACAACCUCUUACCCUGAAUCCCUAGAUAUGUGGAACAUGACCAUUCGGGAUGACAGCUUCUCGCCUCUCACCACCCCUGAGAAUUUGUCUGAUGACUCUGGAUCCUUCUGUGGGGUGACUCCUAAUGUGGGGGCCGGCACGUCUGUGGAAAGCCCACAGGGAUUUUCCUACGGUGGCAUGGCGAUGUGGAACACUACCAUACAAGAGGAUAGCUCUUCAUCAACAAGCCCAGAAGGACCCAGAAAUGACUUUGGUAGUCACACUGGUUUGUUGGAUGGACGUGAUACUCCUAAGUCACGGGGAGGAGAAGCAGCAGGAAAGGAUACCAAGUGGAACAGUCAACAGCAGAAUGUCCAAAUAGUCAUAGAGGGGGAAGAAGGUAGAAUAUCACACACGAGCAACCUUGUUUCUGUUCCUCGUAUGGUCAUCUCCACCUCAGAGUAUGAUAAUGUAAAAGCCUGCAGCCUGUCAUCCUCCCCCGAAGCCCACACAAGUCCUGCUGUAGAUAUGAUCCACCUAGAAGAGCAGUCCAGCCCAUUUAUUGCUGUGACUAAACCUACUGAUGAAAGGACAAGACAGAUGGAAUCCGAUCUGGGAAUUUCAGACAAAGUAUUUAUUUUUGAAGGACAUAGUGAGUUGAGUAACAGUAAAUUAGCGAACAAUGACUCAGUUGAUCAACCAAGUCUUGGUUCUCCGUUUAUUCUAGUUGACGACUCUCAGGCAGAGGAUUCUUUAUCCCUAAGCCCAGGGAGUUUGAGAAGUCCUGGACUGGCACCACCAUCCAACAGUUUACCAGGAAGUGUUGCCCACAUUGACAACCAAAGCCAAGAAGGUCCAAUGGAGGGUUCCACAAGGGAUACCGUAUCACUGAGCCCAGGUGGGGAGAGAGAGACCCUCAAGUCGAGCCCAGACAGCCUUCACCCUGGCAGUCAUGACGAACUCCGCUCUAAUUCUGACGGGGAUUCUUCAUCAGGCCUAGAAAUGGAAUACAUUAUCGUUCCCGGCACAGUAAAGGAAGCGGAGAGGGAAAGAGGGCACAGGCCCAGAGGAUCAAGGAAGCCCAUGGAGACAUUUAGCAUGCUGUCUUAUGCUGCUUCGGUGCUCAAAGCUCAAACUCAGGAGACCUCACAGAAAACCAGACAAACCCAAGUUACCAAACAAUUCCAAACGCAACAUGAAGCAGAGUCAACCUGCGGAGCACGCAAACCUUUUCAGACGUUCAACCAAAGCCACCCACCUCAAACUAAAACUGAAGUUAUUCACCAGUCUGAGUCAAGGCAAGAAAUUCAAGAGGGGAACUAUGAGGACAAACCGAUCAGCGCGGGCAGAAGCAUGUCACCCUCGCUAAGACAUCCUUCCGAUCACUUCCUAAAAACCAGAGAGGAGGUUUACGUCCACUCCCAAAUCUCCAUGGAAGACUCUGAUUCAGAUAGCGCGCGGUCACCAGCCGCCACAACUCCACCACCCCACCCCACGUCUCCGGGCAACUUCCACGUUUGGAGGGCUGCUUCGCCAAGGCAUGACACCCCUCAGUCAUCAUGCGAAUCCCCGUCACUUAGCAACAGUUCCGCAUCCCACACCAGCUCUAUGGUUAGCACGCCUGUGAGCGAGUCGGGAGGCCCAGGUAACAAAGCUCUUGGAUUACCUUUUUCUGGAGAUUUAAUGGAGGAGAAUGACGAGGAAGAGGCGGAUAUACAUCAGCCAGCGUCGGGGCUGAGCUCCCAUGAUCUGUUAAGUUUCACAGAGGAACUUGUUGGAGGUUGUCAACUGGAGCCCACCAGUGGAAUGUUCCAAGAGGACAUUCUGGAUUAUUAUGGACAUGCUGAGAGGACUGAUGGUAGCUCAGCUGAACACCAAAUUGGAGGUCACCAAAGCUAUUCUCCAGUUUUAGGGACUGAAAAGCAGGAAGGCGGCGACCUCAGACGCAGUGCCUCCGACAUCUACGCAGAGUUUACCACCGACGCCCCCACGCCGACAGAGCGUCCCGAGAGCUACUCUGAACCUCGUCGCGGUCAAUACGAGCAGCCUGUCAGGAAGGAUCACGCUCAGUAUGUGCUGGAGGGAUACGCCCACUUCCUGAUGUCACGCUCCCUUCGCGAGGACGGCGGAGCAGCGAUGAUGAUGAUGGGGAGGACCUCCAGUGAGGAGGUGGAGGACACUGAGAACAGGGAAGACCCUCCCUCGUCUGCAGAUGUGUCGGCCGGCUCCAGUCAGAGGAGGAAGCUGGCAGCUCCGCCCAUGAACGUGUCGCUGGACCGCAGCGAAGGUUCUCUCCUCUCAGAAGACGCCUUGGACACGGAAGAAGAGGACGAGGCUCUGGACACCGGCGAUGACCUGGAUGUCAACAUAGAGGAGCUGGACACAUCCGAUGAGGAGUUUAACGCACGCGGGGACUCUGAGGGGUCCAGUGUAGCGGCAGGAGCUGCAAGUGGUGGAGAAGAUGAUGGCCGACUGUGGAGGAGCGUUGUGAUUGGAGAGCAGGAGCAUCGCAUUGACAUGAAGUGCAUUGAGGCUUACAAGAGAGUUGUCUCCCAUGGGGGUUAUUACGCUGAACAGAACGCUAUCAUCGUGUUUGCGGCCUGCUUCCUGCCAGACAGUGACUGCGACAACUACCACUAUGUCAUGGAAAACCUGUUUUUGUAUGUAAUAAGCACCUUGGAGCUCAUGGUAGCAGAAGACUACAUGAUCGUCUACCUGAAUGGUGCCACGCCUCGCAGGAGGAUGCCCGGCUUCACGUGGAUGAAGAAAUGCUACCAAAUGAUUGACAGGAGACUGAAGAAGAACCUGAAGAUGUUCAUCAUUGUUCAUCCUUCCUGGUUUAUAAGAACAUUGCUGGGCAUCACCAGACCCUUCAUAAGCUCAAAAUUCAGCAGUAAGAUCAGGUAUGUGAGUAGUCUGCAGGAGCUCGGACAGAUCAUCCCCAUGGAGUACGUCCACAUUCCACCCAGCAUCGUCAAGUAUGACCAGGAGAGGGCUACACAAACAUUUGCAUGCAUGAGGCUGGACACAGAUUUAAAGGACGCUGCAGGAAAGGCUGACAGGAAGAGGAGUUUGGCCGUUUGACAAAUGGACGGAUGGCGGCUUGCUCUCUUGUCUUGUCUUCUCGCUGUGACAUCACUUUCCACGGCAGAGAACAUGAGUGGGCCUCUUAGCGUAAAGGACUGGCGACAGUAAAAAAAAAACAAAAAAACAACGCAUUUACACGCCCAGUGUCAAAGAGAAAAGCGCUCAUUGGAAUCCAUUUAUUCAUAUUUCUGGCUUUGUUAAUCACCCACUUGACUAAUAAAUAAUCACGACCCUCUCUUAUGCACUAUUAACAUUUUGGACCAUUCGACAACUACGUCAGAGUUUACACACACACACAUACAUGAAAUGACUGUACUGUACAAACGUCUACAUAAAUAACACAUGAUGCUGCUGUCAGCCAACAGUUAAUCUUUCUAUCACUGUGAACCUGUGAGGUCAUUAAGGUAGCAUCAUAGCACUUGAAUGUCUCUGCAGUGACUUGUGCAUGCUGUGUGUAUGCGUGCGUGCGUGCGUGCGUGCGUGCGUGUGUGUGAGACAGGUAUGGAUGAAAUAUUGCAAAGAACGCAAGUACUUUUAUUUGUUAUUCCCCGGCCAGUGUCAAGUGAAUAUAAAUGUGCCAGAUGUCUUACUUUGUAACUGCUCGUUCCAAGACAAAAAACGCAGGUCAUCCACUUGACUGUUUUAAAGUUUAAAUUCUUUACUGAGAACACGAACAAAUAAAAACUUCGACCAAACUGAGCCCGUGUGCUUAUUUUUGACAUAAAUUGCAAGUUAAAGAAGUGUGAGUAAAUCCUCACU